AUGUUUGACCUGGUUUUCGGAAUAUUGGAUGUAAAAAAGGGUGUAAGGCGUGCUCACAGGAUCCUAACCGCUGGUGAUGAGCCUGACGCCUGUGCAUCGUUUGCUGAGUUGCUUUCACGUGUGUACGACCUUGAAACGCUCCUCGUAGAGGUCGACGGCACCUCGUCACUUCCCAACGGGGACGUGCCGCGCGAGUGUGCAAUACCAAAGGAUGACCCAUACCUCGCACGUGUACCUCUAGAAUGCAUGUUCGCCGAGAUACGCCGCCGUAACUGGUAUCGUGGUGCGAUUCUGGAUUUUUUCACACCUCCGGAGAGCGAAAACUUCCUCGACGCAGCUACGGAUACAACGUUGAUUUCUGGAGUCCAUGUGAUCGUCUAUGUUACUUCCUAUGAUAAAUAUCGGACCGGUUUCAGUGCCGCCGUUAAGUUUUUCCGGAUUAACCGCAAUUGCGCUGCUAUCAAAUUCCUGGUGGUAGACGUAUCCUCUGCGCAAAACGUACCCUCCGUAGAUGCUGAGGCUGAGUUAAUGAGGUUUAUAGAAAGCGAACCCGAGGUUAGCGUGUACAAGGUGGAUUUGGACGACGAGCCGCGCCGCGGGUUCUUAUCCCGUUCCAUUUUGGAUGAAGCAGUAAUGUGUAUAAACAUGUAUGGAGUUAAUUAA